AUGGCGUUUGGUAGAUCCAACUCCCUGUCCCUCAACACGGGCGCCACCAAUUCCCUCUUUGCUUCACAGAACAACAACACCACCACCAACAACAACCCCUCCAACAUGAACUCGUCACAGCAGCCCGCCAGUAACCCAUUUGGUAGUUCCAGCAACACCACCGGCGGCCUCUUUGGUCUGGGCGGCGGCGGAAUGGGCUCCAUGGCCGCCAACUCCAACACCAACAUGUUCGCGCAAUCGGCCAAUAACAACAACAAUGCAUCGACCGCCAACAACAAUGCAAGCAGCUUAUUCGGUGGCGCGAGCAUGCAGAACAACUCUGCCGCUCAACCCUCAGCGCCCUCCCUCCUCGGCGCGACCCAGCACAAUCGAACAUCCACCGCCACGGCCACACCCUUUGGCCGCCUCAGCAUGGGCCAGCCUUCCGCCUCCACAACCAACAACAACACCGUCGGUGCGGCUAAAAUCGAUCUCGAUGGCCUUCGUCCUACCACCCGCUUCGAGGACUGCGUGGAUCAGGUCCGGCAAGAGAUGGAAACCAUAGACAAGAUGAUUCAAGAGCAGGAAAAAUACGCCAAAGAAAUUGAAGCGUUCCUCCCCAAACACGCCGACGAUGUCGCCUCCCUCGCUCCUGAUGUCCUCUUCAUUGCCGACAAGGCGGAUGAUGUCGAGCAAGCACUCGCGAGUGAUGCUCAAGGUGUCGAUGCACAGCGCAAAAACGCCGAGAAGGAUCGCAAAGAUUUGGAGCGCUGUACACGAAUUGUAACCAACCUCUCCCUUCCACAAGGAUAUCAAUACUCGGGCAUGAACUCUACAUAUGGCAGCAUGUACGGCCAACAACGACCUCAGCAACCUCCAAACACGACCAAUGUGAGCAACCGAGAAGACUCCACAAACUACGAUACAGAUCUGAUCGGGAAUUACUUUGUCCCUCUGGCCGCCGAGUUGCAAAAGACCAUGGAUGCGUAUGCGAGCAAUCUGUCCGAGAUUGAAAGCCAUAUGCGGGUGAUUGAGAGUUCGGCAGUCGCGCAGGCACAGCAAUUGGCGCAGAAAAAGGCCGGAGUGGGCGGUCAGCAGAGUGGCGGAGACGCUACGGUAAGGGAACUUGCGGAUACGUUGAGAGGAUUUGAGGACAGUAUUCUCGGGGUUGCGAGUGUGGUGGGAGAGUGUAGGGAUGGGGUCAAUGAGCUCGCGUUGGGGAGAUUGCGCGCUUGA